UGACGUCAGUCACAGGCAGCGACCUGUCCCCGGGCCACCCGCGGCUUCCGUUCUUCCUGUCUCUGCGUUCCACUGCAUAAUGUCUUCAACAAAAUGACCGCCCGUGUAACCCUGUCCUCCGGGUGAUAGAGGGAAGAAAGCACAGACAGAGGAGGCUGGUGGUGGGGAAAGUGACAGCAUCAGUUAUGUAUUGUGAAUCCAUACAGACCAGGAGAAGAGGGGACUUUUGAGGAUUUAAUGGCGUCCUUGACUUCCCUUGAGAAAGCCAAGUUGAGUAAGACCAUUUGAAGAAGACCCAGGAAGCUUUCAGGGACAAACCCAAUUGAAAAGCAAAAGAAAGCCCUUUCUUCGCAUGUGUAGAUUAUGGACAGAAGCCGAAGAUUUAUCACAGUUGGAUCGAACAACUUGUUAAAGGAGAAUGCUAGUAUUCUUCCUAGGCUUAUGUGGGAUGCGGUUACCAUCCCAACGGUCGUGAUACCGGCGCCGGAAUAACGACCCCAGAAUCCCGAAAGUGGACAGAACACCAACGCGGGAAUCCCGACUGUCUUGAUCCUGAUCAUCAACACAGCGGCCUGUAUUUAUUUUACUGUAUCAAUGAGGAUGGAUAACAGCCGGGGGACUGAGAAGAUAUUACAUCUCACCCUAGACAUAAUCUACCUGCUGACUGGGGAGGAUUAUAUGGUAGUGAGGAAGACAUCUGGUGAGUGUAUGUCCCCAAGCAUUCCCUGUAUGUCAGGAGGACUGAGCAGGGCCCAGAGCCCCAUCACGGUGCCUCCACCUCAAUCACUGAUACAUGAGAGACACAAUGAGCAGAAGAUUCUGGAACUCACCAACAAGAUCAUUCAGCUGCUGAUUGGAGAGGUUCCUAUAAGGUGUGAGGAUGUCACUGUCUAUUUCUCCAUGGAGGAGUGGGAGUAUAUAGAGGAACACAGGGGUCUGUACAAGGACGUGAUGAUGGAGAAUCACCAGCCCCUUACAUCACUGGAUGGGACCAGUAACAGAGAUACCCCAGAGAGAUGUCCCCGUCCUCUUUAUCCCCAGGUCCAUACAGAGGAGAAUCACAGUGUCCCACAGGAGGAUCAGGAAGAAGACCUAAUAGUUAUCAAAGUUGAAGAUAUUAAAAUCAAAGAUGAGAUAUAUGUGAUGGGUGAACGGCAGCGCAAGGAGGAGGAAAUCCCUACAGGUAUAGGCACAGCAGAUGGGUGCAACCUCAGGAAUACCUCGGAGGAACAUCUCCUUUCAUCUCCAGACUGUGAAAUAGAGGAUAACGUCAUCACACAAGAAUCUACAGGAGGAAACCUCAUUACCCCAAAUAUACAUCCAGUGCUGCAUAGUGUACAUCUAUCAUCUGAUCCCUCUAAUCAUAAAGAGUGUCCCCCUGAUACCUCAGAUAUUUUCACACAUAUUACAGCUCACGAAGGUGAUCAUCUAUUUCUGUGUUUUGAAUGUGGUUUAUAUUUUGCCGGAAAUGACCGCCUUCUUGAGCAUCAGAGAACUCACACAGGAGAGAGGCCAUUUCUGUGUAUAAAGUGUGGGAAAUGUUUUACACAGAAAGAAAGCUUUGUCAGUCACCAGAGAACUCACAUGGGUGAAAAGCCAUUUCCAUGUUCCAUGUUCCUGCUUUACACAGAAUUCACAUCUUGUUAAACACCACAGAUGUCACACAGGUGAGAAGGCGUUUCCAUGUUCUGAGUGCGGGAAAUGUUUUACGCAGAAAUAACAUCUUGUU